AUGUUCUCUCCAGACGGUAACCGGCAUAAUACGCAAGGCGAGCAGCAAGGCGUGUCGGACAAGCGACCGUCUGACGGCGCAACUAGCAGCGAGCCGGCGGAGGGAGCGAAUGUUUUGGCUGCUGCUGCUGCUGCUGCUGCUGCUGCUGGUGGCAGUGCUGCUGCUGAUAAUAUCCGGGAUCGAUCGGCGGGAGGAAGGAACGGGAAGCAGGGGAACGAAGGCGCAGUGUUGACGGAGGUUGAUCAACUGCUGAGACGAGGGACGCCGCUUUCGUUGCGCGAGUUUCAGCGGCUGAAUGAGCUGCUACGUCAGCACGUGGCGAGCGGCGAAGCAGAGAGGGCAGAUGGCACGCAGGAGGAGAAGGAUGAGCAGAACGAGGAGGGGGAAGAAGAAGAGGAAGAGGAGGGGAGGCGGCAGGGAGAGGAGGAGGGGCAAGAUGGGAGGGUGGAGGCGUCUGCAGGGAAGAGGAGGAGGACUGGGGGCAGAGGCAGUUGGGUUGCGGCAGAUGGAAUGGGAGGGCAGGAAAAUGCAGCUAACACUGUGCAUAUUGCACCUCGAGUUACACCUCGGGCUACACCUCAAGUUACGCCUCGGGUUACGUCUCGGGUUACACUUGAUGACAUUCCUGGAGGUGCUGAUGGCGAUGGAAUGAACGUCUCACCUGUAGACGUGGCGAGGGCGUUCAUGCGACCCAGUAUGGCCGCUUUUCCUGCAGCAAAAACACCACCCCCGGCACCAGUAGCAGCAGAAGCGGUUGAGAAGCCUUCGAGCGUGGACGCCGUACCAAACCCAGCUCACGCCAGCAACCAAGGCGUGGAGGGGCUUUGGUGGAUGGUGGGAAGGGAGAGGAUGGGCAGGGGACGAGGAGAGGCCGCCAUGGGUUCAGAAUGUCUGUAUUCGAGUCUCCACGGCUCCUCAACCGUUCCCCCCCCCUCAUUUCCAUUACACCUCCUUCCGCUUGCCCUGCCCCUCUCAUGCCCACCCCCUUCUUGCCCACUUCCCUCCCUUGCCCAUUCCAGUUUCUUCGGCUCAGCAGCACAUGCAGCCACUCUCGCGCCACAACCCACCCCUGCAAAGCCAGCAUCACCAGAUUCCUCCCAAGGCAAGCCCACAGCAGCACCCGCUGCAGCACCACCUGUGGCAGCUCCAGCAGCAGCAGCGCCAUCCUUUGGUGCGUCUGGGUUCAAGGCCCCUACCUUUGGCUCCUCUGCUGCUGCCACAACCUCUCUCUUUGGGUCGUCUACCCCUGCUGCUGCUGCCCCUGCCCCUGCCCCUGCUGCUGCUGCUGCUACCUCUGCCAGUGCUCCCUCUUGUGGCAUUUCCCUGACACCCUCCGUCCCCCCUGCCACCGCUUCUCAAUCCGCACCAGCAGCAGCACCUGCACUCACAGGAGCUUCCCCAACAGCAGGACCGCUGUUCGGCAUCAAACCAGCAGCUGCAGAGGCUUCUCCUGCAGCAGCAGCAGCAGCAGCAGCAGCAGCAGCAGCAGCAGGAGGAGCGGCUUUAGGGACAGCACCAGCACCAGCAGGAGCAUUGUUUGGCUUUAAACCAGCGGCUGCUGCUCCAGCUGCCGCAAAAGAUGCAGGAGCGGCUACUGCCUUUGGUGGCGGUGAUGGGGGGGAUAGGGGGAGAAGGGGAGGAGAGGAAGCGGGUGAUAUGGGAAGGAGGGGAGGAGGCGAGGAGGAGGAGGCAGAGCCGAGGAGGAAGCGGAGGGUGUCGUCGUCGCCUGUGGGAGGGGAGGCGGGUGGUUCACCUCCUUCCCUCUUUGGCUUUGGAAUGCCUCCUGCAGGGCCCUCCUCUCCGUCGGAAGCCGCAGCUCCACUCUUCGGUGCUGCCUCUGCUGCUCCUCCUGCCUCCGCCCCUGCAACCACAACCACCACCACUCCUUCUGCACCUACAUUUGGUUCGGCAUCCACCGCACCUGCCUUUGGCUCAGCAUCCACUGCGCCGGUCUUUGGCUCGGCAUCCACCGCGCCGGUCUUUGGCUCGGGAUCAACCGCACCUGCCUUUGGCUCGGGAUCAGCACCGUCAUUCGGCCUCAGCCCGUCUUCCACCCCCGCAGCUGCUUCUGCUCCAAGCUCUGCCGCCACAGCCACAGCCACAGCCAAAGCCACUGGUUUUGCCACCGCUUCUACCCCUUCCUUCGGUCUCGCUGCGCCAUCAUUCGGUGGGACCGCAACCACCCCAUCAACAGGCACCACAACCGCCCCUUCUUUCGGCACUUCAAGUGCCCCUACUUUUGGCACUUCAAGUGCCCCUACUUUUGGCACUUCAACCGCCCCUACUUUUGGCACCUCAACUGCCCCAUCCUUCGGCCUUACUGCGACUGCUCCGUCCUUCGGCCUUGCCUCGGCUCCAGCUUUUGGUGGUCCUUCUGCUGCUGCCACUUCUGCAUCAGCAGCACCUGCUACCACCACUGCCACUCCUGCCUUUGGCUCUACUCCUGCUGCUGCUUCCACCACCACCGCCGCCGCUCCCUCGUUUGGCAGUCAGCCAACUCCUUCCUUUGGGGCAUUCGGCUCUGCUCCUUCCUUCGGCUCUGGUGCUGCUUCUACCACCACUGCCGCCACUGCCGCAGCUCCUGCUUUCGGAUCGUCUGCUGCUGCUCCGGCCUUUGGCACCACUGCUGCCCCUGCCUUUGGCGCUCCAUCCUCUCCUGCCUUUGGCGCUGCUUCCUCCCCUGCCUUUGGCGCUGCUUCCUCCCCUGCGUUUGGCACAUUCUCUGGUUCAUCCGCCCCUGCGUUUGGAUCGUCCGCCCCUGCUUUCGGUUCCUCUACCCCUGCGUUCGGCUCGUCAACAGCUGCUGCUACAGCUCCGCUCUUUGGCACCCCAGCCACCACCCCAGCACCUGUUUUCGGUGCUCCUGCUGCCGCAAGCACCGGUGCUGCUACCGGCUUUGCCUUUGGCGCUACGGCAUCUUCAGCCCCCUCUGCUUCUACCACCCCUGCUGCUGCUGCCUCCUCGUCUCCCGCUCCUGUUUUUGGAUUUUCUGCUGCUUCUUCCGGACCUGCCGCCGCGCCUGGGUUCAUGUUUGGCGCUGCCGCACCAGGAGCUCCAGCAGCAGCAACUGCACCAGCAGCAUCGCCGUUUGGUUUUGCUGCAUCUCAGCCUUCCUCCUCUCCUGCUCCAUUCUCCUUCGGAGCAGCAGCAGGAGGAGCAGCAGCAGGAGGAGCAGCAGCAGGAGGAGCAGCACCCUUCACCUUUGGAGGAGGAGGAGGAGCAGCAGCACCAGGGGCACCUGGAGCAGCAGGAGCAGCAGCAGGUGCAAGUCCCUUGGGGUUUGGCUCCGCUCCCUCUCCUUCCGCUGCUCCUGGUGCCUUCGCAUUUGGGGCCUCCCCUGCUCCUGCUGCCUCCGCUGCUCCCUUUGGUGCAGCCUCUGGCUUCCCAGGACCCGCUGGGAACAACAGCCCCUUUGGUGGAAUGCAACAGAACACAAUGUCUAUGGAGCCAGCGAGUACGAAUGGAUUUAACAUGCCAGGUGGCAUGCCAACUGGAUCCACUCCUCCUGUCGUUUUCGGAGGCGCGCCGUCCCCGGCAGGGGCUAAUCCUUUUGCGUUCGGGCAGCCCGCAGCUGGAGGUGCUGCCCCGGGCUCUGCCCCAUUUUCUUUCGGUGGUGCUGCUGCUUCCCCGUCGCCAGCGGGGAGUGGUGGGAGUGGUGGGUUUGCUGCCCCGUCUAUGGUGUUUGGUGCCACUGCUGCUGGUGGUGGUGGUGGGGGUGGUGGAGGUGGGGCUCCUGCUGGUGGUGGUGGGUUCUCGAUGGGAGCAGGUGCGCCCACGCCUGGGAGGAGAGUGGUCAAAGCCAAGAGGCCAACCGCAAGGCGCCGAUAA